UUUUAUUUCACCGAGGUCAAUUGUCAUUGAUGUAGCUUGUAUACAGGGAUUUGAAUCGAUCGUUGAGGGAGUCGCUCACAGAGACCAUAUACUGGGUUGUGACAGUAAACUGUCAGCUGAAAAGGAGUGUGCUGAGUGCUCGUGCUGUUAUCAACCAGACAGAGAUACCGGAAGGCACGAAAGUGAAUUUAGGUGUCGAGAAUGAAUCGUUUCAAGACCUCUAAAUUUAAAAAUACCACCCCGAAGAUCGCUAAGAGAGAUGGCUGGAUCGGUAAUGUCCGGGCAGGAUCCUUUCCCUCCCAGGGGGCAAACAUCAAAUCCAGCCCCAGGCUUGUGGCCUUCGUCACUGAACAGGCUGGUGGGGGAAUACUUGGCCUCACCUCUGUGGAUCCAGGGUCUGAUGGCAAGUGGGCAGUGACUUCCAUCUCAUGUCAUGCUGAUCUGAUAACUGAUUUGGACUUCUCUCCGUUUGACGAUGAUCUCCUUGCAACCUGCUCAGCAGAUGAAACGGUAAAGCUCUGGCGUGUGCGUGACCCAGACCAGGAGCAGCCGGGCGAGGCGGAGGUUACCCUAUGUCCCAGGGAGGGGCGUCUGGAACUGCUCAGCUUCCACCCCACCUCCUCUGGCCUGCUGGCCGUUGGCUCCUCCAAGACCGUCCAGAUUUGGGACGCCAGCCGCCCCGAUGCACCGCUAGCAGCUCUGGAGCCGCACAGCGAGCAGAUGCAGAGUAUGAGUUGGAAACAGGACGGCUCCCUGCUGGCCUCCUCCUGCAAGGACAAAAAGCUGAGAGUUUUUGACCCAAGAGUCCAGCUGACACCUGUUCAGAUUGCCCAGUGCCUUCAGAACAACAAGGACUCCCGCAUCCUCUGGAUCAAGGACUCGGACCACAUACUAACCACCGGCUUCGAUCAGAUGCGCGGCCGGGAGGUAAAACUAUGGGACAGCAGGAAGCUGACGUCCUCUCUGGGUUCUGCCAACCUGGGCACAGCCAGUGGGACCCUGAUGCCUCUGUUUGAUCCUGAUACCGGUCUCCUCAUCGUGUCAGCCAAGGGAGAUAGUUUCAUUGACUGCUUUGAGGUGUCUGGCAGUGAGCCAUUCCUUUCCCAAGUGAGCCACUGCGUGACAGACGCACCAACGAGAGGCGUCGCCGCGGUACCUAAACUCGUGUUGGACGUCUCGUCCUGUGAGGUCAUGCGUGUCUUGCAGCUGACGGACAGCUCCAUCGUGCCAGUCAACUACCACGUCCCCCGCAAGUCAGGACAGGAGUUCCACGCCGACCUGUACCCGGACACCGUGGGUCAAACCGCAGCCAUGUCAGCCGAGGAGUGGUGGAAGGGGGGCGAUAAACAGGUUGAGAGGGUCAGUGUCGACCCAGCCAAGCGUCCGAAGCCUAAGGACACCAAACCAGCCAAUCAGAUGCCUGCGAAGAAAGAGGUUCCCAGCAGGAAGAGCAAAGAAGAGUCUCCAGGCCCAGGCUGCUCUACCUCCAGUAGUCCCCUGAGCAGCCUCAGCAGCAGUGCUGCCCCUUCCCGCUCCCCGUCCUCCACCUCUGGCCUCUCGUCAGGCUGCCUCCCCAGUCCCAGCCAGAGUGCCAAAGCCAUCAGCAGCCUGUUGGGGCCGAGCAGUAAGUUCCGUCACCUGCAGGGUGGGGUGCUCCACAGGGACACCCACUUCACCAACCUGAGAGGGCUCAACCUCACCACGCCCGGGGAGUGUGACGGCUUCUGUGCCAACCGCCAUCGCGUGGCAGUGCCCCUCGCCACCGCCGGGGGACAGAUCGCCGUCUUGGAGCUGUCCCAGGCCGGGAAGUUAGCCGACACGGGCCUGCCCACCAUCCAGAACUCUGUCAACGUGGCCGACUUCACCUGGGACCCAUUUGAAUGUCACAGACUGGUGGUGGCGGGCGACGAUGCCAAGAUCCGCGUGUGGCUGGUGCCCAACGGGGGUUUGACGGAGGUCCUGACCGAGCCCAAAGCCGUCUUGCAGGGCCACACUGAGAAGAUCUACUCCAUUAAGUUCCACCCCCAGGCGUCGGGGCUCCUUGCAUCCUCCUCCUAUGACCUGACUGUGCGCCUCUGGGACCUGGAGUCCGGGCGCGAGGUCAAAGUGCUCCGGGGACACAAUGAUCAGAUAUUUGGUUUGGCCUGGAGUCCAGAUGGCAAACUUCUGGCCACUGUUUGUAAGGAUGGGAAAGUGCGCAUCUACGACCCUCGCAAGUCUGCAGACCCAGUUCAGGAGGGUUCGGGCCCUGAGGGCCAGAGAGGGGCUCGUUUGGUGUGGGUUUGUGACGGACGGUACCUGAUGGUGUCAGGAUUCGACUGUCGCAGCGAGAGAACCCUGUACCUGUAUUCCACUAAGUCCCUGUCCUCCGGGGCCAUCGCCAGCGCCCCCACCGACGUCUCACCCUCCACCCUCAUCCCCUUCUAUGACCCCGACACCAGCGUCGUCAUCCUCACCGGGAAGGGCGACACGCGAGUGUACGUGUUUGAGAUUGUACCAGAGGCUCCUUAUUUCCUGGAGUGUGCCAGCUUCAACUCAUCGGAGCCCCACAAGGGCUUGGCCUUCCUGCCGAAGACCGAGUGUGACGUGCGAGACGUGGAGGUGGCCAGGGGUCUGAGGCUCAGUAAGACCUCCAUAGAGCCAGUGGCAUUCAAAGUCCCCCGCAUCAGAAAAGAGUUCUUCCAGGACGAUGUGUACCCUGAAACGGCUGUGUGGUGGGAGUCCUCUCUGACAGCGUCCGCCUGGCUGGCUGGCUCUGACGGGAAGUACCGCCACAUCAGCCUCAAGCCCAAAGACAUGACCCCAGUGAGUGAGGCGCCUAAGGAGGUCCAAGUCAGAAAGUACCUCCCUUCUUCCCACUACCUGGAGGAGAAGACCGAUGAGCAGAAGAAAGACGAGCUGCUGAGUGCCAUGAUAGGCAAGUUGGGGAACAUGGAGGAGAACCCUCUACCACAGGAGUCCUUCCAGGGCGUCGACGAGGACGAGUGGGCAAGAUAUCUUGCACAGAUCAUUGUAAUGGGCACGCAGGUGGUAGGACGGGCGUUUGCGCGUGCGUUGCGCCAAGAAUAUGCAGCCAGUCAAGCUGCAGCGGAGGCCAGGGGCCGUGCUGGCCAGCAGUCGGCAGCAACCUCCAGUAUCACUGGGAUGAGCUUACAGGAGGCACAGCAGAUCCUCAAUGUCUCCACUCUCAGCCCUGAGGAGAUCCAAGCGAAAUACGAGCACCUUUUUAAAGUCAAUGACAAGACGGCGGGUGGCUCCUUCUAUCUACAGUCAAAGGUGGUGCGAGCAAAGGAGCGUCUAGAGGAGGAGCUCUGUAUUCAGUCACAGGACGAUAAACCCAAACCCCCGCCAGAACAGAAGCAGACUGCAGGAACAUGAACACCCCUCCACACCCAACCUACCCAAUCCACUGUAAAUUAUAUCCCCAUUGAAUGCCUUGUCCUUUUGCAAUCGAUGUCUCUGUUUAUGGUUCUGUGAAACAUCAGGCUUGUCCUCAAUAGGCACCAAACAGAAGCAGGCAGCCCAAUAGGAUCUUUCUUCUCAGUCAUUCUCCAGAGUCCAGUCAGUUUUUUCACCAUCAGAUCAUUUUUAGAGCUGAUUUGAUUCAUAGUGACUAGAAAGGGAGUCCUCUGAAUUGGGCCCAUUUAGUAUUUGACAAUGUAAACGCAAAUGCUCAUUCAUGUUGUCACCUUAGACUUUUUACUGGAAGAAAGCCCUUUUCUAGCGUGGAAGUACUCUAUCUAAUUCAAAAUGCCACUGUGUGGUUCAUGACAGUGAGAGCCUUUAGCUGAGGUACUGGUCUCUGAGUUUAGGCCUCAAAAUAAAACAUGCCUCACUAACAGCUAAAUGUUUUUGUUUUUUAAUUUGUUGAAAUUCAAAUGUCAUGUAUUUAUGAGAAUCUGAAUGUUGUUUCCUACUACCAAUCAGCCACUCUGCAAUAAAUACAUUUUUAUAUUAUUUUUAUUGCAGAAAGGCCAUUUGGCAAUGAACCAGUACUCUAGAGAAAAUACGUUAUCUAAAGUACUAUGAAAGGUACAAUGGCAAGUAUCGUAUAGUAUUGUUAUUACCUGUGGUGAACGGUUGUUUAUCAAAGCAAAGAUAUUGUCACAUUAUCCCAAAUAAAUGUAUGUACUGUAAGCGCAUAGUUAUUCAUAGUUAAUGUUCUGUGUAUAUAACCACUAUCUGCUCAAGCUCUUAUUUUUUUUGUGUGUGGUUGAUUAAGGAAGGAGGUGUACUAGAACUGUGUCCAUUGCAGAGCUGGAUAAUGAGUGUCUUUAAUUUUGUGGGUGUCAUCUCUGCCAUUGAUUUGUGCGCAUGGGUCUGGCAAUAUCAAAGCCUUCUACACCCUCUCAUCUGGGACUCCCAUCCGUUCCAUGUAUUUGAUCUGUUCCAGAGUUGGCUUACCUUGAAAACCAGUUGUCUGUCCGGGCCUGCAUCAAAAUUGGUGAAUGUUUGGGCUGGGAGUCCUUCUAGUGAAGGUGGACUUUUUUUGUUAACUGUUAUUUUUACCAUUUUAGUGUGCUAAGAACUUUCUUAUUUACAUCUGUGAUACUGUCUUGUUGAGAGACAGAAUUAUUGUCAUUUUGCUGGCCCAAAGCUCUUGACCACUAUGCUGCACUGCUGAUUCAGUACCUCUGUCCUACAUCAUUUAUUGACUACAACAUUCUGGGGUUAUGAGUCCUCUUCAAAUGUUUCCCCAUUUUAACUGUCCUCAUCAUGUUUUGUGUUGGCUUACAUUGCUUCACCAAGCUGGAGUUGUCCACCAUCUUAGAGCAAUUACCAGAAGGUACUAUCCAAUAGUCUACCAAUGAAGAGAUUGGAGAAUACCCAUAGAGAUGGAUAGAGGGUGAUCUGGCCUUGGCCAGAGACUGGAAUACCUCCUCACCCCGCACCUGCCACAGACUGCUUAUUCUCUGCUGUUUCAAAAGGCUAAUGGUUGUUGUGCCUAUCCAACAUGCCCUUGGCCAGGGUUAAUUGUUUCCCAUUGAAAUUUUGCUGAGCAAUUAUAACAUAAAAUAUACUUAGUAUUUAUUUUCUAGUGAGAGACAUAGGGAAUCAGAUGGAGGAGACUGAUGACUGGUAGAGAUGGUACUGAACCCUGAUCUUGCGGGGGGCUGCAUAAGUACAUGGAAAUGCAAGGUUAAGCUGGACCAUGGCUCUACACUAUUUCAAAUGUUUUAACAUGAAAUAACACAGUAUGAUCUUGUUGGGUUCGGGAGGGAACGUUUGUUUUAAGUGAAGCACACUGUUCUUAUAAUUCACGUCUUCUGCCAACUUCACACAGUUAUGAUAAAGUAGCUUUAGCUCUUCAUAGUUGUAGUGGUUAAAAGUAUUAUCUACUAAUAAAAUAAUUGUCAGACUGCA